CGAAACUACGCACAACGCCAGCUUCCACAAGAAAUAAAAUUUCUUGUGCAUUUCUUUUACAACUGAAUGAUCAACUAGUGGUGAAAGAUGUCAGAAUUGACUGUUAAACCACUACUGGGGCCGUACAACCUUGGGGAAGGUCCACACUGGGACUGUGAUUCUAAGCAGCUCUAUUUUGUUGAUAUAUUUGCUCAAAAAUUAUUCAGAUACAAUCCUUCUACAUCAACACUCACAUCUGCUUUUAUAGAAAAUGGGCCAGUUGGAUUUAUCGUUCCUGUUGAUGGCGUUCCUAAUAAAUUCAUAGCUGGAAGCAGUACAGAUAUUGUUUUGGUAACAUGGGAUGGAAAAGACAUUUCAAAGUGUGAAACCAAAACAUUGCUUACUGUAGGCGAUCGUACAGAAACCAGGUGGAAUGAUGCAAAAGUAGAUUCUACUGGAAGGUUAUGGGGUGGAACAAUGAGUCUUUCGAGAACUGAAGAAUUCCCACCUGAUAAAGGGUCUUUCUAUAGCAUCGACAAUGAUCUUGUGUUAAAGACACAAGUAACUCCUGUAACUAUAAGCAACGGAGUGGCUUGGAGUCUUAACGAAGACACACUUUAUUACAUUGAUUCACCGAGCUUGCAGAUAGUGGCAUACAAUUACAACUCUCAAACAGGAGUUAUUUCUAAUAAAAGAACGAUCUUCGAUCUUCGGGAAAACAAUAUUCCUGGAUUUCCAGAUGGUAUGACAGUCGAUAUGUCUGGAAAUAUUUGGGUAGCUGUAUACGGUGGAGGUGCUAUACCUGUAUAUAAGGGAGCACAGAAAGCAUUAUUGAACGAGUAUAAGCCACACGAUUACUUUGGCCAAGAUGGCUUGGGAGACUUUAACUUCACAGAAAAAAUUAUUGCUAAAGUGGAUAAAAGUAAACAUGCAGCUGUGGCACUGGUAGACUUAGUAAAAGAAUAUCCAGAUCAAAUAACUCUGUUAAGCAUUGGACCGUUAACAAAUGCGGCUAUAGCAACGGCGUUGGAUCCUUCGUUUAUAAAACACUUGAAAAGACACAUUAUACUAGGCUCCAGUGUGUCUGCUAUUGGCAAUGUUCUACCGAAUGUUGAGUUCAAUUUUUAUGAAGAUCCAGAAAGUAAUUAUAUUGUAUUCAAUCGCAGUAAUACAAAUAUUACUUUAUUUCCAUGGGAAACUUUUAUUAAUAGUGGCAUAUCUGUGGAUUGGCGCACUAACGUAUUGGGAAAAUUGAAUUCUACUAUAAUGAAUUUUUUAAAUAAAGCAGAACGAAUUAGUUUAUCAGACACCACUACGUGGAGUGACUCGGAUCCAAUGGCUGCUGCAGUUAUGAUAUGGCCAGAACUUAUAGAAGCAUCUAUAAUAACAAAUGUAAGUCCCGUAGUCGAUGGAAUGGCUAGAGGCUCUGUGCUUGUAGAUUACACUAAUCUCACCGGCAAACCACAAAAUGUAAAAAUUGUACAAAAAUUUAAUGUGGCUUCUUAUCAAGAGAUGUUGCUGAAAGCGUUUUCUUAA